AAGGAGGGCAUCCCCCCGGACCAACAAAGACUAAUCUUUGCCGGGAAGCAACUGGAGGACGGUCGCACCCUUGCUGAUUAUAACAUUCAGAAGGAGUCGACCCUGCACCUUGUCUUGCGUCUUCGUGGUGGUAUGCAGAUUUUCGUCAAGACGUUGACCGGGAAAACCAUUACCCUGGAGGUUGAGAGUUCGGACACCAUAGACAAUGUAAAGGCUAAGAUCCAAGACAAAGAGGGAAUCCCACCAGACCAGCAGAGGCUGAUCUUCGCCGGAAAGCAGCUGGAGGACGGUAGGACUCUGGCCGACUAUAACAUCCAGAAGGAGUCUACCUUGCACUUGGUGCUUCGUCUCAGGGGAGGGAUGCAAAUCUUUGUGAAAACCUUGACUGGGAAGACCAUCACUCUGGAGGUGGAGAGCUCCGACACCAUUGACAAUGUGAAAGCCAAAAUUCAGGACAAGGAGGGUAUUCCUCCGGAUCAGCAAAGGCUGAUUUUCGCAGGGAAGCAGCUGGAGGAUGGAAGGACUCUCGCUGAUUACAAUAUUCAGAAGGAGUCCACUCUUCACCUUGUCCUGCGUCUCCGUGGUGGUUUUUAGAUGGUCUGGUCAAAAUUGCGUUCUCUGUUCUUCUUGUAUGCUUUCUGAAUUUAUUAUAGUUGUCUGAAGACUUUGUACUCCAAAAGUGGCCUUUGGCCUUGCUUGCUUCCUAAUAAAAUUGGUUUCUUCUCUAAA